AUGUUCCCGGGUGUGUGGAACAAGGUAAAAGCCGCUUUCUUGCCGCCGGCUUACGUUCCAGGAAUGCGAACAAAGUGGUUCUUUCUAUGGAUAUCUCUGGAGGAUAACACUGACGGAAUACCUGAGAUUAAGCGUCCUGUGAUCCGCAAUAAUCCUCCGCUAUCACGCGCUCUUCACUACUAUCUAUUAGGGCAAUGGGUCCUUCUCUUGUACUAUUUUGUACACUUCGUAGGAUUCCGUUUACAUCUCGGCUGGCCCGAGUUUCUCUGCCGAUUCAGCUUUAUCAUCGCCUUCAUUCAAAUGUUUGGCUACUAUUUCGAUCACAAUCGCUUCGCUCUGCAGUUUGACCUGGUGCGGCUGAUGACGUCGCUAUUGUUUGGAGUGUUCCUGAGCGACUGGCUGAUGACCGUCUAUGCUUUCGCAUCGUUGGUGAUUGCCUUGUGGCUCUGUGUUGCCGGAAAAAUAAGUGCAUCGUGCAGGCACAAUAAGCUUAAAUGCUCUUAA